AUGACCGACUCGCUCAGCUCUCUCAAUCUCUCUCAAGCUCUCUCAAUAUCUCUCAAACUCUCUCAAACUCUCUCAAUGCCUCUCAAUAACUCUCAGACUUUCUCUCCGUCUCUCUGUCGCUCUCAAACUCUCUCUCUCUCAAACUCUCUCUCUCUCAAACUCUCUCUCUCUCAAACUCUCUCUCUCUCAAACUCUCUCUCUCUCUCUCUCUCUCUCUCUCUCUCUCUUUUCUCUCUCACUCACUCCGCGGGGGAGACGCGAACGGGGCCCUUAGGGCCCACGGGUACAGCGCCAAGCGGCCUGCUCUACUACUUAAAGCACAAGCAAGAGGAUGACGGCAUUCCGCUCCUACCCUCGGGGGGUGGUAUCCAGCGCAGCUCCUCGAAUCGGCGCAGUCUCAAGGAAAGCAUCAACGCACAUGCAGGCUUUGUGGGUCGUUUUAUUGUGCCCCGUGGCCUCCUCUCGCCUUUUCGAGGCGUUUACGUGCCAGCAUGUAUUGGCAUCAUCGGCCCAGUGCUCUUCCUGCGCAUGCCAUACGUGCUCUCAGAGGCUGGUUAUGGCUUGACCCUGCUCAUGAUUGCCGUCAUUUUCAUUAUAUCGCUUUUGUUUAUCGCCGGAGUUGCUCGCUCAGUCUACUAUCUGUUUACCUUUGAGGAGCUCCUCACGUAUUAUCAGCGCGCCCCGAGCGAAAUCAACAAGGAAUAUGAUACCUCGCUUUGGGUGGCCUCGCUAGGCCUUUUAGGCUGCCUUUGCCUGGCCAUGUUCGGCACGCGUGGAUACUCCACCGUUGCCGUCUGCUUUUACUACAUAAAAGUGGCUGCUCUGAUUUAUGCAGUGUGCAGCUUCUUCAUUCGGGACCCCAUCCCCUACACCCCUGACAAAUGCCUGAGCGAGAACGAAUAUGACAACAGCUCCGUCGUCCUUGCUUACUACACUGGACCACGAGGCUCGACCUUUCGCAGCAAUCUCGAAGAACACGAACAAGAUGGCGGCCACUCGAUGAAGCAUGCACCCUUUGUCAACUUUUUAGCGCUGUUCAGCAUCGUGUUUGCAGCCUUCUCUGGCUUCGCCUGUGGAGCCAAUCUCACGGGCGAGGUCCAAAACCCUGGACACUCCAUGCCCGCUGGCAUGUUUUGGGCAUCUGCCACAGGCGUCCUCUUUUUUGUGGUAAUGGCAACCGUGAUCUGCUGGACCAUAUCCUCAAUCGACUGCCUCUCUGAAGCUGCGGGCAACACAAUCCGCCGCAUGGCAUUAGACGGCAUGCUACCAUUGCUCACCCUGGAACGAUUUCCCUGGCUGGGCAGCAAGACAACUUUCAUCGCGAAACGUUGGCAUAUCUUUUUGGCCUGGUUUAUGAUGCAGCUGGUCUGUUUCUUGGGAUCCCCAGAAAAAGUGGAGCCCAUCCUGAGUGUAACCUAUCUCUUCUUCAUCAGCUUUCGCUAUUGGAACAUUUAUACCGCAGUGGCAGGCUUUAUCAUUCCCUUGGUCGCCAUGUUCGGCAUUAACGAGCACAUGUCGCUAUACUUUAUUGGUGCCUUUCUGGGGCUGGUGGUGAUUUUUGCCGUCUUUGCACCACCCACGGAUUUUGGUGAUGUAUCCCGAGCCAUCAUUUUUCACCAGGUGGGACCGCAACUCUUGGAUCCCAAGCUAUCCUGGCCGUGCGCGGUGCGCAAGUACCUCCUUCGCCUCGACGUGUCUCUGCAGAAAAAGGACGUUUCAGCGCGCUUUUGGCGCCCAAGUCCACUCUUCGUGAGCACGCAGUCCCCCGAGUUUUUUACGCCCCAUGAGCUCCAUCUCGCUCGAUUGGCUGAUAGCAUGAAGAAAGGAGGCCUCUAUGUUCUGUGCAGUUUUGUGUUUGGUGACUUUGGAGAAGAUAGUCUUUUGGCGCGCGUUGCACAGUUGGGCGCGUGGAAAGAUAUCAUCACGCGAGAGCGUUUCAAGGCCUUGCCGAUCGUGUCCAUCAGCCAGAGCCUGCGCGAGGGCUGUCAGCAUGCCAUUAUGAUGACCGGGCUUGGACCCGUCAAGCCAAACCUUGUGAUCCUGCCCUGGAUUGACGCCUCGGCUCACAUUACACCAUCAGACUUUGUUCAUGUGCUGAAGGAAGUGGCACUCUCUGACUACAGUCUUGCGUUGGGCUGCAACUUUGGAGCCCUUGAAGACGGCGCCCUUCCCAUGUAUUCGACCUCGUCAGAGUGGAAAGGCAGUGUGCAUGCCUCGAAGAAGUCAUUCAUUGAUCUGUGGGUGGUGCCUGUCGGUUUGGAAGCUGCAGAGCGAGAGGGGCAGCCUCCAAUUUGGUGCGAGUACUCCACCUCGCUCAAGCUGGCGCUUCAGCUCAUCAACACGCUUCGCAUGAACAAGCAAUGGGGGCAAGGCACCGUUGUGCGGGUGUUCGUGGCCAUUGAUGAUGGCUUCCAGAUGGCGGCGUUGGAGCGGCGGCGCUGGUUGCAUUACUUGCAGCUCUUACGCGUGACAGCACAGCUCGAGAUCAUCCAGCUCAUCUCCGAGGCGACGGCGCGCAAGGAGGAGUUGUUCCCGAAUCUAGAGCUGGAGGCGAUGGCUGUCGACCCACACAUGCCAGAGGAGGACCCAAUUGACGUUCCGGCCUUGACAGCACACAGCCAGUUUUUUACGCUGUUGGAGGCGCGGCAGCGAGUGGCGUUGAUCAAGGAUAUUAUCCGCUCGCACUCAGGCAACACUUGUUUGAGCCUCAUGGCGUUGCCGCCCUCACCCACUACGCCAGAGGGACAAUUGGACUAUUUCACACAACUGGGCGACUUUAUGGCGGACCUACCACCCAUGCUUCUUGUGCAUGGCAAGACAAACGUCAUUCAUCUCGAUUUAUAG